AUGGCCGAAGGGAUCGACACCUUGCAAUCCCUGUACUCGUGUUCGGAAGGGUCGUUUUCCGACGGCCCUUCUUCAAACGCAGCGGGUGGGUCUUGUCAAGCAGUUCGACAAGACCAAGGACAUCAACAAUCAGCUGGGCACGAGGCUCCCAGCUGUCCCACGCCGGUGGGUAGCCACGCCAGCGGACAAGGGUUGGAUCAAGUUGAUGUUCAAGAGCUGAACCGUGUAAAGGAACAGUUGCACGAUGACCUGGCUCAUGAAAGUUCUCGGCGUUAUGGGCUUGAGGAUCUUGUGAGGGAUAAUUUUAAUUCCCUAACGCACGAUCGUUCGGACGAUCGUGCCGCAUUUGCGUUCGCGCAACUUGAAAACGAGCGUUUGACUCGUUCUCUUCGUGCCGAGCUGGCUGCAGCUCGUCAGGACAUCGCUCAGCUGCGUGAGCAGGUCGCUUCGCUAGUCGACCAGACUGGCUCGUUGAAACAGGACCACUCGAAGGUGGUCUCGGCUCUCGACCGCAGAAGUGUUCUUCGCAUCUCGAAACGAACGCGUACUGAUAGUACGGGCGGAGACGACCAACGUAGAACGUAG